CCUCGUGGAUGUCGGACGUCGGCCACCAUGAAGGGGUCAGGCGCUGAUUUUGCUCACUCUCAGCUGGAGAAAUACGGGUGGAGAGAAGGAAAAGGAUUAGGGAAAGAAGAGAAGGGAAAUACAGAACCAUUGAAAGUUAAACUUAAGUUUGACAGUACUGGAAUUGGGCAUGAUGUUGGAGAGGAGUUCAAAUUCCACUGGUGGGACCAUGUGUUCAACAAAGCUGCUAAGAAUAUGUCUGUUGAUGAAAAGAAUGGGUCAGUGGAGAUCACCAGGACAGAAGAGCUACAAGUGAGCAAAAAACUAUCAGCCAAGAUGAAUAUGUAUAAUGGCUUUGUUAAGGGAGGGACUCUACAUAAAUCAGAAAUAAUGAAGGAUUCCGACAGUGAUGAUUCAGAUGACUCUGUAGAACGUGACUUGUCCCACAAACUGACAGAUGAGGAGUUGUUUAAGCUCUGUGGAGGUCGUACAGCACACAAGGGAGCACGUCAUGGUCUGAGCAUGUCAGCCAAACUAGCAAGAGUGCAAGAGCAAGAGCAAAAGCUGAUGGAAAAGUGGAAAAGCACAAAUGAAGAACCACACCAGACUGCUGCCAGUGAGAUGCCAAACAGUCAGGAAGAGAAGAAGAAGAAAAAGAAGAAGAAAAAAUCAAAGACGGAGACACAGAUGGAAGAAUCGCUUGUCACAGAAGAGGUGGAAGCUCCAGUGGAAGAUGCAUCACUUGUUGCAGUUGGUGAAGGCACAGAAGGGAAAAAGAAGAAAAAGAAAAAGAGCAAAGACAGAGACCCCACAGAAAACGACAGGACGAAUGAGACGGCAAGCAGCAUGCCGGAAGAGGAAGCCGAGGUGACCCACAAAAGCAAAAAGAAGAAGAAAAAACAUGAUAAAGAUAGACAGAAAGAAGAAAGCCCUCCAGUUGCAGAUGACAUCACAGAAAUUCAGGUGAAAAAGAAGCGCAAAAAAUUGAAGUGUGUCCAGAGCGAUCCUGAAGAGGAACUCAAUUUUUACGAGAAAGAGAAUAUGGAAGCAGAAGCAAAUGGAACUCUUCAAAGCAGUGAAGAAGAAGAAAAAAAGACAAAGAAAAAGAAGAAAAAGAAACAUCAUGUAGAAUUAAGUGAAGACCAAGAAUUAAGUAAUAGAGAAGAAUGUAAUGAACCAAAAAAGAAGAAGAGAAAGAAAGAAAGAAAUAUACAAUAAGAACCAAAUAUAACAAAAUUAUUGGGCUCCACAUUAAAAAUGUUUUUAUUAAAAAAAAAAAUCAUUAAGUAUUGAUUGUAUUGCAAAGCACAGAUUUCAUGAAUAACAUUAACCAUUACCUCUAACCAUAAUGUAUCAUUCAUUUAUCAUGCAUAUACAAGCCUCAUCAUAGAAUAAAAUUUAGGUCCACAUCAGA